AUGUCGCACGGCAAGCAGUUCACGCUCUACACCCACACCGGCGGUCCCAACGGCUGGAAAGUUGUGAAUGUUCUCGAGGAGCUCGGAUUGACCUACGAGCCCAUCUACCUCGACUUCGGAAAGAACGAGCAGAAGGCUCCGGAGUACACCAAGUAUAACCCGAACGGCCGUAUCCCCACCCUCAUCGACCACAAGAACGGCGACUUCGUGCUCUGGGAGUCCGACGCCAUCCUCCUCUACCUCACCGACAAGUACGACACAGAGAAGCGGCUGACCGUCACCGACGAGAAGGAGAAAUACUCCCUCUUCAAGUGGCUCUUCUUCCAGUCCUCGGGCCAGGGCCCGUACUUCGGCCAGGCGGCGUGGUUCCUGCGCUACCACCCCGAGCAGGUUCCCAGCGCGAUCGAGCGGUACCGCAAGGAGACCCUGCGCGUGAUGUCCGUCCUUGAGUCAGUGUUGUCGAAGCAGGAAUGGCUCGUGGGAGGCAAGCCGACGAUUGCGGACUUCUCUUUCAUCACCUGGAACAACGUCGCGCUCAGCUUCACUCUUAAGGACUAUGCCGACGUCCAAAAGGAGUACCCGGCGUUCCACGCGUGGCACCAGAAGCUGGUGUCUCGCGACAGUGUCAAGAAGGCCCUUGCCACACAAGCUGCCUUGAGCCAAUGA